UCCCGCCCCAUGAGACGUCACGGCCGCGCCGGCAGCGGGCGCGAUGGGCGCGGUGGGCGCGAUGGGCGCGGUGGGCGCGAUGGCCGCGGGGCGCUCGGCGCGGCCGCUGACGCUGACGCUGGCGCUGCUGAAGCCCGACGCCGUGGCGCACCCGCUGGUGCUGGAGGCCGUGACCGAGACCAUCCUCAGCAACCGGUUCCUGAUCGUGCGCUCCCGGGAGCUGCGCUGCGGGCGGGAGCUGAGCGGCCGCUUCUACCGGGAGCACGCGGGGCGGUUCUUCUACCAGCGGCUGGUGGAGUUCAUGGCCAGUGGCCCCAUGUGGGCUUAUAUCUUGGCCCAUGAGAAUGCCAUCCCCCUCUGGAGAUCCCUGAUGGGACCCACCAAAGUGUUCCGAGCCCGAAACAGCGUCCCGGACUCCAUCCGCGGAGCCUACGGCCUCACCGACACCAGGAACACCGCUCACGGCUCCGCUUCUGCCUUUGCCUUUGGAACACAGCGCAUAUUUGUGGUGCCAGAUUGGCAUUUCUCGUCUUCCUUCCCUCUGUUUUCUAACAGACUCGCCAGCAUCAGCCAGCAGAGAAAUUGCCUUUUUCUUCCCCGAGUUCAACGAACGUCUCUGGUACGAGCAGGAGGAGCCGCGUCUGCGCUGCGGGCGGGUGUUCUACAACGCGGAGGAGCGCGUCCACUGCGCGCUCGGGGACGGAGAGUCGGAGCUGGCCUGAGUUCCCGGGGCAUUGUGUGAAAAUACAGAAGCCAGGUGCUGUUUAUCCGGGAUGCUGUGGAAGGAAGGGAAGCAAAUAGAGAGGAAAUCAGGCUAAUAAGAGUACUGGAUAGGCAGCGUGGGCCCUGAUGUGAAGAUGUUUGAGUGUGAGGGCAGCUCGUGUCCCGGGCGCGUCAGUAACUGAUCGGGAUCUGAGGAAGAGAGGUCGAGCCUGGUGGUUCCUGGAGUCCACCGGGCUCUGCGCGGUGCGUCAGGCAGAGGUGGUUGUGUCGCUUCUCUGCCGCACAAGCCCCUGAGGCAGACGUGGAUCGUGCCGCAGGCGAGGGUGCAGUCUGCCCUGUGGUUUUAAUUGCCUCUGCUUCUGCCUUGUCAAGCCCAAGAUCAAGUUUGGUUAGUAAGUCCAAAUCUAACCCCUGCUAGACCUGUCUUGGGCAUAAGGUGGGAGAUCAUUAAUUUUCUGUGAUAUGGAAAAAACAGUCAUGGUCUAUUUUUUUUCUGCAGUUUGAUGUUCCUCUUUGGUCUUUGUGUUCUGUAUGCACAGAGUUCAGGUUCUUGAGGACUGAACUGCUUGGAGCUAAUGGGCUCAAUUGACUCAGUCAUCUUAAAGGUCUUUUCCAAUCAAAAUUGCUCUAUGAUUCUGUAAUUAGCCAGGACAUCAAUGGGAUGUGACGCGAGUGCAGGCUGUGAGGCACAGCGGUGUCUCCUGGCAUUACACUUUUCCAUUACCGGGGAUAGAACUGCUAUGGCUUUCAAUGGGAAACUGGAUAAAGAGGCUGGCGUUAGAGCCGGGCCUGUGGCACCUGUAGUAAAAAUGUCUCAGCGCUCGUCUGUCUCAGGAUUUUGCUGCCGGAAGGCUACACGGCCUUGUGGAGCAGGGCACUUAAAAGCGCAGGUGAAGGGCAGGCGUGGAGUGGCCGUGUGCUGUGGUGUCAGGUAGCCCUGGUGUACUGGAGGUGUCUCGGGUGCAAGAGCGGCUCCUUGGUGGCUUAUUUCUCUCCAGGAGAUACAUCCAUAGUGUUGGUGUUGAUGCAGGAAAUCGCAUGACCAACGAAUGCAGUCCAAGAGUUGCCCCAAACCCACGGGUCGCUCUCCAUUGAUGGACGAGGGCACACGUGACAGGUGAGCCUGUCGCUCUGUGCUGCACGAGCGUCGCUCUGAGCAGGUCGAGGAGUCGGCGCUGGUGUCUGCCGAGUUCUGCCGACCGAGCCAGCGCCGUCCUUCCCUGAGAAACCUUCCUCGGGCUCGUGCCGUGCUCCCCCGCGUGCCACGUACUGACCUCCGGCGCGGCACAAACACGCAGUUCACGUCUAAAACUGAAACGUGCAUUUCUGUGAAAGACUCGUCCCGGUUUCACGCUGUGCGAGGUCUCUCGGGCGUUCGGACCGGAGCAGCCGAUGUGCCUUUGCUCGGCACCCGGAGCGGCGCCCGCUCCACAGCACCCGCACCCACGGGGUCAGCCCUGCGGGUCCCGGCGGAAGCCAGCGCUGGCGCACCGUGUCGCACCUGGCCGCGCCGCACCCUGCGUGCGGGCUGUGAGCACGCUGCCUCCAGAGCGGGGAUGGGGCAGGAUGGCACAACCGCUGCAACAAACGGCCGUGGAACCUCAUAGUCCCUGCUGCAGUAACUGAGGUUUUUCAUAAAGUUUAAUGUCAUUCAGGAAUUUUAUAUUGACUGCUAAAGAACUGUUGAGUUAUUUACCUUUUUCUCCUUUAUUACUCCAACAACUAUGUUUUUGUCUAGAGUGUGAACGUUUCAAACAUGGGAACCCUGUAUAGAACAAAGACUUUUCUUCUCCAGGUACCGUUCUGGGCUUCUAAGUUAUGAUGCAAUUCAUUGUAGCAGAAGUAAACAGCUUAGAAGUUAUUGCCCUGACGGCCUCAACUUUUAAUAGCCCACUUUGUGCCGUGUUUGCGCUCUCACACCAACACGCUGGGGAGGGAGCGAAGCGCUCGCGGCUGUCGGUAAUUGGCACUGAAACCCUGGUGGCGUUUUCCCUGCGGAGAGAAGCCUGUGGGGAGUGGGCACCAAGCGGGCAAACGAAACAAGGAAACUUCUCUCAAACUUCAGCCUUCUAUUUAAAGCGUCUUGUUAAAAGUGCACUAAUUGGCCCCUCGGGCCGGCGUGGUGUGCGCUGGGGUGGGCAGUGUCAGCCUGCCCUGUGCAGCGCGGUGGCGCUCGCGCUGGGGCGGGGGCCGGGGCAGCGGUGCCACAGCUGCCCUGGAGGCUGCAGGCAGUGUAGCGGCAGCAGCGCUGCCCCGUGGCCGUGGGGCCGUCUUCCCGUGUCGCUUUCUGAGCUCGAGGUGGCCAGGACGAAACGGGCCCCGCGGCUGGUGCCAGAACCACACUGCGGCGUUCCAGGACCCUGCGGGUGUCACACCUGCCCCAAACCCACAAUCCAGGGGCGACAGCACGGGGUACCGAGUCACCCUGUGCUGCUUCGUCACGGUGUUUGAGUUUGUGUGAGCUCUCAGCUCAUGACGAACGCGAGUAAAUCAGCUUUAUUGUUGGAUCAUGUGGGUACAGCCCUCAUUGCCUUUUUGUCUAAAAUAUGAAUACCAAUGGCUAAUUAAACUGAAUAAAAGUUUGAGACAAUGCAA